UCUACAGAUGACAUCAUUCGAGCGCGCCCGUUCGUAGAAUGUUCUGGCAACUUGCUAGGCGGCUAGCAUGAGGAAAAGGGGAUUUCGGUCCAUUAUUUGUUUGAUACAAAACUAUUGAAAGCACAAAACAAUGGUGCUGACGCCGCUUGUUUACUGGGCUCAACGCCAUGAAGACAUUUACCUGCGGGUGGAGCUGACGGACGUUCAGAACAUUGAUGUCCAUGUGCAUGAAAACAUGCUUCACUUUACAGCCCUGGGUCACGGUGCUAAGGGGCAGAACCAGUACGAGUUCAGCCUGGAGUUCCUUUUACCUGUAAAGACAGAGGUGGCUCACAAGUCCACUCAGCGGCAGGUGAACGUCACCGUUAGGAAGCAGCAGAGAGGCUGGUGGGAAAGAUUGACCAAACAGGAACGUAAGCCGCUCUUCUUGGUUCCGGACUUCGACCGCUGGCUCGAUGAGUCAGACGCCGAGAUGGAGAUCAGGAAAAAUGAGGAGAGAAGGAACAAGCUGAAGGAUCCUCAGCAUGAUGAGGAAGGGUUCAUCAGUCUGAAAACAGCAUUUUUGUUUAUGUAUAACUUAGUACAGUUCCUUGGCUUUUCAUGGAUCUUUUUCAACAUGACCUUUCGCCUCCUCAGGUUCGGCCGAGAUUCUUUCUACGACACAUUUCACACCAUAUCGGACAUCAUGUUCUUCUGCCAGAUCCUGGCGGCCGUCGAGGUUCUCAACGCUGCUUUUGGCAUCGUCAGGACCGGCGUUAUCCCAACUCUUAUACAGGUGGUUGGAAGGAAUUUCAUCCUCUUCAUCAUUUUUGGCAGCUUGGAAGAAAUGCACAAUAAGUCGGUGGUUUUCUUUGUUUUCUACCUGUGGAGCGCCAUUGAAAUAUUCAGGUAUCCAUUCUACAUGUUGGGAUGUUUCAACACAGAGUGGAAGAUCCUCACAUGGCUGCGAUACUCAUUGUGGAUACCGCUCUACCCUCUAGGGGUCAUAGCUGAGGCUGUUGCCGUGAUUCAGUCCAUUCCCAUCUUUGACGAGACCCGACUGUUCAGCAUUCCUCUGCCCAAAACCAUCGGCCUCUCUCUGAGCUUCUCCUACGUCCUGCGUGUAUACAUCAUUCUCAUGUUUCUGGGACUCGUUAUCAACUUUCGUCAUCUCUACAAGCAAAGGAAGAAGCGUUUCCGCACCAAGAAGAGGAAGGCACAUUGAUGCACUGUCACUGCCUGUUUUAAAAGUUCUCAUGUUGAUGUGUUCUUCUUUUCCUGCUGCUAAUUGGUUCCUCUUGAUGGUUUACUGGGACUACUCUUUAAGAACCUUUACUACACCCUCUUCCCAUUUUGUUAAUGAUAGUGGAAGGCUUGGCUAUUUUGAUUUUAAGCUGCUACUGUAUUAGUGCUCAUUUGAUUGGUUUACAGUAUUUUUGAAUAUCAUCUUUUGAGAAUGAAUCACUACAGCCCUCAGGGUGAAAACUAGAUGACCAAUGCUUUCUUACCUUGACUUGUGAAAGACACUUACCAGCCACUUAUUUAGGUACACAUCAUCUGAUAAGCCCCACCACAAAAGCUUGAUUUCUGUGACACUGUCAAAAGUAAUUCAAUAAUUUCAUCAUUGUGUUUUGGGGUGUAGAACAAGGUAUUUUUACACCAUUGCAAAGUGUAACCACAAUAAUAAACAUUGCUAAAUUAAUACCUCUCACAGUACU